GGCUAUGAUGUAGACAGCAUCCCAGGAACCUACAAUGGUGAUCAGGGUCACCUGCUUUUUGGCUUACAGAGGUGUUAACUACGUCUACUAUGGCUGCCAUUUUAUUAUUAGCUAGCCACCCAAUGACAAUUCACAAUAUCUUAACUUUCCAAGUAGACCCUGGAAAGGUAUUGUUUUGUUAGAAGUGUAACUUACUUGGCGUAAACAGUUUAUUUUAUUGAAUGUUGGUUUUGAAACUUUUUGAUGUAAACAAGUCACUGUUGAAUAGAAACUGUAUCUUCCCUGUAGAGUAGCUAUAACUCCCAGAAAAUUAGGACUUUGAUGCUGAGAAUACUUUUCCUAUUAUUUGGAUCGCAUUACGAGUAGUCUUUGACUUACAACAGUUCAUUUAGUGACCGUUUGAAGUUACAACAGUACUGAAAAAGGGGAGUUUUUUAGGGGACUGUAGAUUAAAACAUAUAAAGAACAGUUGCUGGAAUUGGAUGUGACUAUUUUAAUGAAUAGAAGGACUAGGGGUGACAUGAUAGUGGUGUUCCAGUAUCUCAAGGGUUGCCACACAGAAAGGAGUCAAGCUAUUCUCCAAAGCAUCUGAAGGCAAGACCAGAAGCAAUGGAUACAAACUGAUCAAGGAGAAAACCAACCAAGAAGUUCCAGGAGCAAGAGGCAUUUAGAAGAGGCGUGUGAAGAAGGCGGCGCAGGAGACAUGAAAAGACAGUGCUGUAUGACCUGCAGGUGCUCAUCCUCUCAGGCACAUUCUCUCAGCAAUGGAAGAGCAGCUUCUCCAGGCUCUUUCCUGAGCAGCACUGGAUGCUUGGAUAAUGACUUGGAUGAUGCCAUCCUGGCUCGUUCUGAUGAGGAAAAGCCAGAUUCUCCCACUGGACUCUCUCGUGAAGCUGAGGAUGAGCUCAUAGCAGAGGAUCUGGAAACCUCCCUAUGUUUUGUAGCAGUUGAAGUAAAUAGAUGUGAGGAUGUGGAGAGUAGCCUUUUAGCUUGUCCUGAGUCUUCACAGCCUCUGAGGGCUCUGGAUGAGGUUGAAAGCACAAAACCUCUUCCUCAGACCGGUUCUUCAGGCAGCUCAAGCGAGGGGGCUGUUUUCAUGAAUGAUUUGGAAAAAUACUUGAAUAAGAGCUCUAAAAAUCAAGCAGAGUUUGGUGCAAAUUACAAUGGUGUUAGGAUUCCAGAAGCUGAUUCAGAUGUAACAGCUUCUUUGAAUCCGGAAAGAGGUCUGUCUAGAAAAAUAGAUAAUGAAGCAAUAAAGACGGUGACAAAUGAUUUGCCAGUAGGAAGCCAACUAGUGGCUGAACAUGAAUCAUUUGGUGCAGUGAUUGAACAGUCCUCCUCAGAGAGACAGACUUUCCUAAGUUACAAGCAGCUGAGAGGCAAGAAUACAAGCAACCCACUACCUGAAAAAGAAUUAGAUACCAUUGACCAAAGAAAGGAUUGUGUGGAAGUUCCUGAUGUUAAAAAAACAAAUAGGCAGGAAGUGGCUAAAGAAGCAAAGAGGAAGCUAUACCCUUCAGUUUGUCAACCCCUGAGCAGCGCGGAAGGCUUCAUUUUCUGUGUGAAAUCAAGUCCUGUAAAGCCUAAACAGAUAUUAAUUCAAGAAGCAGACCUUGAGUCAAGAAAAGCGAGAUACGUUAAUGCCGUACUUAACCAUGCUAGCUCUGUCCCGUCUCUCAUAGACACUGUCCAUGAGUUGCACACACUGGUAGAUACAGUCGCGUCCGAAUCCAGUUACAACCACCCAACAGACUUGACCGUAAGGAACUACAGCAAACGGAGUCACAGCAAAACUCAGAGAUUCAGUCUCAGCCAGUGGGUUGAGCACAGCAGGCGCGACUUUGGCCGGUUUGAUGGCAUUCCUGAUCACUUUGAGCGCAGCCCAAUCCUCAGCUAGAGGAGAUUUUAUUCAGAGUUGUUCUUUCAAUGUUUAGGCACCGGCAGUUCAAUUUAAUUAAUGUUUGUGUGUAUUACUAUUAAUAUGAAGGCCAAUUUAAUGUAUUUGUUUUUUAUUACAAAUAUUUGUUCACUUUGUCCUAGAUCUUUUUCACUGCUGAAUAUUUCAGAAAUGUUGUGUUUUUACUACUCUAUUUGAUAUUGCACCUUGAAUAUGUUUAUUUUAAAAUUCUGGGACCUAUUAUAUCCCUUUCCCCCUUCUAUGCUUACUGUUUGUGUCCAGAUUAAUUGUCUACUUCUCUGUUUUAAAAUUUGAUGGAAAAUCUAGGCACCCUGACUUUAUUGUUACACAUUGACAAUGAAGAACAAUGAUACCA